GGGCAGCAGUGUGUAGUUUACAGUGCCGGAAAUAGGAGAGGAAGAAGAAGAAGCAGCAGCAACAGAAGAGGUUCCCCUCCGCUAGCUAGCUAGCUACUGCUGGGAAGUAGCGACAAAAAUUUCAGGAUUUUAUCAUAAUGAGUUAUGCAGAGAAGCCGGACGAUAUAACAAGGGAAGAGUGGAUGGAUAAACUCAACAAUGUCCACAUUCAGAGAGCUGAUAUGAAUAGGCUCAUUAUGAACUACUUGGUGACAGAGGGCUUCAAGGAGGCAGCGGAGAAGUUCAGGAUGGAGUCUGGAAUAGAGCCCAGUGUGGAUUUGGAUUCCCUAGAUGAAAGAAUUAAGAUAAGAGAGAUGAUCCUGAAGGGACAGAUCCAAGAUGCCAUUGCGUUGAUCAACAGUCUGCACCCAGAACUGCUGGAUACUAACCGUUACCUCUACUUUCACCUACAGCAGCAGCAUCUGAUUGAGCUGAUCCGUUUGAGGGAGACUGAAGCUGCCCUUGAGUUUGCCCAGUCCCAAUUAGCAGAGCAGGGGGAGGAGAGCCGAGAAUGUCUGACUGAGAUGGAGAGGACACUGGCCCUGCUAGCAUUCGACAACCCUGAGGAGUCACCUUUUGGCGAUCUGCUCAAUAUGAUGCAGAGACAAAAGGUGUGGAGUGAAGUGAAUCAGUGUGUGCUAGACUAUGAAAACAGAGAGUCAACACCCAAACUGGCCAAGCUCCUGAAACUACUGCUGUGGGCUCAAAACGAACUUGACCAAAAGAAAGUGAAGUACCCCAAAAUGACAGACCUCAGCAAGGGAACCAUCGAAGACCCAAAAUAAGGACCCACAGUGAAAACAUACCACAGCAUUAUAAAACGGACACAUUUCCUUUAUCUAUUUAUAUCCCAACAAACUGACUCAUAUAGAGUACAACCUUUUCUUUUUGUAAGGGUUGCUUUUUGAUACUUCAGUAACGUAGAAUGUGCAAACUGGAUUGAUGGCAUUUUAAAAUGACUUCUCACACUAAAAUAACAUGCAUACCAUUAUUUUACUUGAUAUUAUAAUUUACAUAUUUUGUUUAUGUAAAAUGAGUAUAUUUCAGUUACACUAGUUUUUCUGUCUGUUGGCAGGGAAAGUUGUUGGCAUAGGAAGGUGUGAAUAAAGCCUAAAUUAGGCUGUCACUUUCUGUGUGUGACCACUCAGAAGGGGUUUGAUGUUCAGGGAAAAUGGUUGGCUUAGUGUGCACUGCCUCAAAUAAACAUUCUUUUUCCUUACAUAAAACAUACACAUUUCAGCUGGUAGUCUCUUAGCUAGUACUCUUAUGUGACGGCGAUAGCCAAAGCAAGAUACUUGGGAUGUUUCAAACUACUGUGACUUUGAAAGUUAAAUUCAGCUGCAGAUUUGUAUUGCGUUAUUGCUUAAGCUGGCGACAGCAAGAACAAAGAAUAGAGAAACUUUCAAGCUAUACAGCACGGUAGCAAUUAAAACAGGUAGGAGCAAGAUUCCUGGAAUGCCAUGGAGUUUGCAGCGUACGUUAAAGGCAGCCUUGGUUUCAUAUUGUUAUAAAAUAGAGAUGAUAUUGAAAGAUGUGAAUGGAUAAAUCUUAUGUCCACAGACAUGGGGACACUUUUACAGAUGGAUUACUUACAUGUAUGGAACAAGUAGCUCUUCUUCAAAAUUUGAUGUGCUUUUUUUUUGCUGGUAUAUUAUUUUGCAAUAAAAGUGAAUUUUUAAACUGG